AUGGCGCUCAGACACCUCGACACUGCGCCAAAGUCCGCUGACUUCACCCCACUUCAAGAGCACCAGGAACAAACUCCGUCCACCUUCUUCGGCGCGAAACCGGUGCUGUAUGCACAAUAUGAAGGACUGACUUUGUCUGCGCCAGCUUCACAGCUCGAGCAAGAUGCAGCAUUUGCAAGGUUCAGCUCCGAGCGCGACGGUGAAGAUGCGCUGGUCAGGAAUGUCGACCUAUUCGUGAGCUCAGAAAAUCUCAUCCUCUUCCAAAGCACACCUUCGUUGACCGGCGUCGCGAUACCCUACCCCUCCAUCGCCUUGCACGCCACGAUGAAGUACAAGUCUACUAUCGAAGCGCUCUACAUGAACCUCUCACUCAACGAUGUGGAGACCGUGAACGACGACGAGGAUAUUCAGGUGCUUGAACUCACUGUUCUCCCGCCAUCAUACUCCUCAAACCCAGACACCGCAUGCAUCGAAGCGAUCUUCGCCGCGAUGAAUAUCUGCGCCGACCUACAUCCGGAUCCAAAUGCGAGCGACGAAGAUGGUGAAGACGUCCUGGAUGAGACAGCACCCGGUGCCACGGGCUGGAUUACAGCAGAAAACAUGGACGAAUAUGUAGAUGAGGAUGGGAAUUUUAGAGGCACAGUGAUCGGAGGGGAAGAUCUAGGACCCGGGGCCGGCACCGUACGGCACAGGGAAGAUGGUGAAGGUGCGAAUGGCACCAAUGGCGACGAUGGACAUGAAGGGAAGUACUACCGCACAAGCUAG